AAAAGGCUAAUAAUUCCACUACUGUUUAAACUUAAUUAUUAUUUUCGAUGUAACACGAUCAUAUGUUUAUAUGGUCCAUACGGGACCCCUUGAAUUAAGCUCCAACUCACAUGUAAAAGCCAUUUUCACAAAAUAGAAUUUAUUCUUCUUCUUCUUCUUCUUCUUCUCUUUUUUAUUCUUGCAUGUUUGUAAAGUGUUUUUGUAUAAUUAUAAGUAUUUUUGUAUAAUUAUCAAGACAUAAAUAUAUAGUCUUGAAGAAGUAUAUCAGUCCCAUGCAACCCCUCUUACCAAACAAACCACCUCACCAAAUUUUUCAUCUCUUUUUUUUCUCUUCUUUUCACGUCUAACCAGAGAAUCUUCCCAAACCUCUCUUUAUUCGAUCCUCUCCGGGACGAGAAGACAAACAUUCUCUCAGCAUGCCGGAGACACUUCACCGUACAAAGGCUCUCACGGUCACUAUACUCACGGUGAUGGCUUUUCUCACGUUUCCAAUGAUCAUAAACGCCGCCGCAGUUUCUUCAACCAAUAGAAAACUAGACGAAGAUCCAAUAAAAUGUACACCAUGUCUCCAAAACAUUCCUCCUCCCUCACCUCCACCACCAUCACCUCCACCGCCUUCUCCGGCUUGUCCUCCACCGCCGCGACCUCCUUCGCCGCCGAAGAAGACUUACUGCCCGCCACCUCCGUCUACUUACAUAUACAUGACGGGUCCACCCGGCGACUUGUAUCCCGUUGAUCAGCAGUUUGGAGCGGCUGCUGGUAUAAGCUUCACGGUGGUGAAGUUCUCGGGACUGAUCGCGUUUGGAGUUAUGAGUUUCUUGAUGAAGAUGAACUAAUGAUGCUUCGUUGUUCGGUCAAACUCUUAAUUAAUUAUUAUGCGAGACAAGUAUCGAUUGUGUAUUAAUUUAUCAUUUGAAAUUAGGAUCAAUUAUGUUUCAUCAUAUAUAUUUCGUUAUGUACCAAAAUUUAUAAUGAGAUUUGAUUAUAUAAUAUGAGCAAAUUAACUUA